AUGGAGAGAAUAGUAUUGUCUCUUAUAGUGGUUCUAUUUGAAGUGGUUUGUUUUUCAUUUGGGAAUCCACUUUGCUCUUCUCAUGAUUCCCUUGCACUUUUACAGUUUAAGCAUUCACUUAACGUGACCGACGGCGGCUGUGAUAAUAAUGAAGAUUGCCCUAAGACGGCAUCUUGGAAUAGUACUAGUAUGGAUUGUUGUAGGUGGGGUGGAGUUACCUGCAAUAACUUCACUGGCCAAGUCAUUGGUUUGGACCUCAGUUAUAGCAGACUUGAAGGAGCUAUACAUCCUAAUAGUAGCCUUUUCCAGCUUCGUCAUCUUCAAACACUUGAUCUUUCAGACAAUCAUUUAGAGGGUGAAAUUCCUGAUGUUUUUUCCAACUUGCAAAUGCUUACACACUUUAGACUAGCCGACAACAAUUUCACUGGUCCAUUCCCGUCUUCUCUCAUGAACUUGACAAAACUUCAAGUUUUAAGUUUGAGAAGCAAUUCACUCAGUGGUCCACUUCCCGAGUUUAAGACUAAUUCUCUACAAACACUUGAUUUGUCUCGUAAUCAAUUCUCUGCCAUACCUCAAUCGCUUAGACAUCUUUUCAACCUGACUCAUGUCAUUCUAGGACACAAUAAGUUGAGCGGGGAGAUUAGAGCAGAAAUGUUUGCAAGCAUGACAAACCUCACCAUUCUUGAUCUUUCUUCUAGUGGCUUAUCAUGGAGUAGCAAUAUCAACACCACUUUUCCCCUUCUUCGUUCUUUACGUUUAGGCUCUUGUCGUGUGAAAGAUUUCCCAGAUUUCAUAUUGAACUCUAACAAGUUAUCGAUUUUGGAUCUCUCGGAGAAUGAAAUUCAUGGGCAGUUCCCUAAAUGGUUUGGGGGUUUGGGUGCAUUGCAAUUCCUUAAUGUCUCUCACAACUUCCUUACAAGCUUAGAACAUAUACCUUUGGAGACAAUGAUGGUACUUGAUCUUCAAUCAAAUUCACUCAGAGGACCUUUGCCAUCUCCCUUUUGCCCAUCAAAUACACUUUCUGUCAUAAAUCUGUCUUACAAUAAUUUGAGUGCUGAAAUUCCCAAUUGCUUGCUUACUUUUUCCUGGCUCAGGGUCUUAGACUUACAAGCUAAUAACUUCCAUGGACCCAUCCCAAACAAAUUCCCAAAGAAUAGUCUCCUAAGUCAUAUUAAUUUGAGCAAAAAUCAAUUGGAAGGUCCCAUCCCAACAUCGCUACUCAACUGUACAGCCUUACAAGUCCUUGAUUUGGGAAACAACAAAAUUCGUGAUACAUUUCCCACCUGGCUGGAGAUGUUGCAAGAGUUAGAGCUUCUUAUACUGAAAUCUAACAGAUUUUAUGGACCCAUCGUUGCUUUUAAAACAGAAUCACCAUUUCCAAAUAUGAAGAUCUUUGACCUUUCCGACAAUUCAUUUACAGGCUCAUUACCUAUGGUGGUUCAAAAAGGUUUCAAAGCUAUGAUGAACAUGGAUGCACACAAAUCAGGAUUGGAGUAUCAUGAGGAACCUUUAGAUUUCGUAGGUUAUGGAGGUGAGGUUUUGUAUAGUGGAUUGUAUGUGGAAUCGGUGAUAUUGGUGAUGAAAAAUCAAGAGAUUAAAUUCAACAAGAUCUUGAAGAUUUUCACAACAAUCGAUUUGUCAAGGAACAAGUUUGAAGGAGAAAUCCCUAAGUUCAUUGGGAAUUUGAAUUCACUUCUGCUGCUGAAUUUAUCCCACAACAACCUCACAGGACACAUUCCUAUCGAAAUGAGGAACAUGAGAACUCUUGAAGCUUUGGACCUUUCAUUUAACCAGCUUACCGGCAAAAUUCCAGUGGAAUUGGCAAGUCUCACAUUUCUUGCGGUCCUGAAUCUGUCACACAACCAUCUUGUUGGACCUAUUCCUCAGAGUAAUCAGUUCAAUACAUUUCCAAAUGAUUUCUAUUUAGGAAACUCUGAAUUGUGUGGAUUUCCACUGUCAAAUGAAUGUGGGAAGCAUAAGAGUGCAUCAGUACCAGUUGAACAGGAAGAAGAUGAACCAAGUUUUCUUAGCGAAAUGACUUGGCAGUCUGUGCUAAUUGGUUAUGGUUGUGGCUUGACUUUUGGUUUUGACAUAGUGUAUCUCAUAUACCUCUUUGAAUGGCCAAGAUGGUGCAUAGACUCUUUUGAAACUAUCACUCGUGAAAUGAUAUACAUAGUGCUGAGGGGACGUAAAAGGCGCAGGAGGAAUUUUCACAGAAGAAGACACUGA